UCUUGGACUUUCCACGCAUUAAUACACCAAAGAAAAAAUAAUUCCACAAACAAUCUCACACAUCUCUCUCUCUCUACCAGGAAGAACACUCAUUUUUGAUCUUUCAAGAGCUCAUUAAUUCUGUAUAAUCGGAAUAGACUCUCUUUUGUUUUUGUGUGUGUUCUUGUAAUAUAAGCUCAUAAUCUUAUACUUGUAUAACAUGUGAUGCGAUCUCCUCACAUCAUCGUUUCACUUGUUCUCCUUUUCUUCCUCUCUCUAAUACUCCAGACACAUCAAAGAACCAUUGGUCAAACUCACCGGAAUGGCUCCAAUGUCCAACACGUCAAUGAUGCGGCGGUGACUUCCCCGGAAGGGAGAAGACGAGAGACCUUUAGGGUUCGGCGGCCGAUGACCUCAUGGCGGAAGGGGAAGAUGCUCAAUAACAGUGAACAUGGAGUCCCAAGUGGUCCGAAUCCCAUCUCCAAUAGGUAGAACUAUAUACUAUAUAUAUUAUUACAGAGCUUAUUGUAUGAAUAUUCUGCCUAGUAGUCUAGUAUAUCUCUUUGCUUUAAGGUCGCACGUACAAAAGUCAUCGAAUGUUACCGGUUGUCUGUUGAUUCAAAGUUGGAAACUUCAAAAUUUGCAGGUGAAUUGUUUUAUGGUAGUGACAUGGAAAAUAAUAAUAUCUUACUGUAACUCCAA